AUGUCUAACGAUAAUCAACCAUCUGACGAUUUUACACGUCGUCCAAAUCCAAAAGGUUGGACAGCACCAAAAGCACCAUAUAAUCCAUAUGAUCCAAAUGAUAUUAGACCAGCUGAAGGUUAUCCAUCAGAAUAUAAGAUUCCUGGACAAGAACCAAGUGGAUUUUCAUCAAUACCUAAAAAUCCAACUCAAUAUCAGAAAAUAAAUGAAAUUAUGGAAAGAUUAAAUUAUACUGCUCGACCACAAUCUGAUUUAUAUCCUGGACAAUAUAAAGUAUUAAGAAAAAUCGAAACUAAUAAACGAUUAAACUUAGGAUCAAGAUAUUUUGGUACUUUAAUAAUGAGUGGGAUUAGUAUAUAUGCAUUAUUUUUCCAUAGAUGGAAUGAAGGUAGAGAAAACGUAUUCAGUGAUUUUUAUAGAUUUCAAUUAAAAUUAAAAGAACAAUUAUUAGGUGGAUUAAAUGAAUUGGACUAUGAUGAUUUAUAUCAUCCUAAAGCAGCAGGCAUUGUGGUUAAGAAUGUUCCUGAUGCAGUUUAUAUUCCUGAUGAUAUGAAAAAGACCAAAGAAACUGAGUAUAAUUUAAAUAGACCUAGUGAAAAACACGUCUUGGAAGCUCAAAGAAUUCAACAACAAAAUGAAGAAAGAAUGUUGAAAGAAUUGGAUUAUCAUAAAGAAUUUGCAAAAAGUUUCAUGAAGGAGAAUGAUAUAUCUGUCGAGAACCAAGAUGUACUGGUGGUGCCAAAUCAAGAUCAAAAACCUAGAAAGAAGUGGUUUGGUAUUUUUUAA